GUAAAAUAGGAAUAUCUCUAAGUGUUCAAUCUUACUUGCCUGCGACGGAUUCAUUGGAGGAUAAAUUAGCUGUCGAGAGAGUUUACGAGUAUACGUUUGGAUGGUUUAUGAAUCCUCUGGUUUUUGGCGACUAUCCGACUGUUAUGAAAGAGGGAAUUCAAAAUCACAGUUUACAACAAGGAUUUCGGGAAUCGCGUUUGCCAAAAUUCAGCAGAAUACAGCAGAUCACCUUGAGGCAAUCUUUUGACUUCAUUGGUGUGAAUAACUAUAUUUCGUACUACGUUAGAGCUGACAGGAAUGUUUCUCAGAAUCCAAGUUACAGUAAUGAUCGUGAAGCUACUCCGUUUGAGGAUCCCGAAUGGAACACAAACUAUGAAAAAAAAAUUAAGAUUUACACAGAUGGAUUAGGAGAAAUACUCAAAAACAUUAAAGACAAUUACAAAAAUCCGGUGAUACUCAUUUCAGAACAAGGAUACAAUAAUCAAGGAGGUUUGAAUGACACUGACCGAGUUUUAUAUAUCAAGUCUGCGUUAAAUGUAAUUUGGAACGCCAUUAAUGUUGAUGGAAUACGAAUUAAAUCGUAUUUAAUUUGGAGUCUCAUGGAUGUUUUUGAAUGGGUAUCUGGCUAUGCGCCCAAACUUGGUCUGUACAGCGUAAACUUCACUGAUCCGAAGAGGACAAGGACUCCGAAAGAAUCAGCAAAAUUCAUAACCGAAUUUUUGAAAACUAAAACAUUGACGCUGUCUUAAAAACGUGAUACAAAAAACUGCAAAACUUCACCUGAAUUGGAUAUAGCUCGAAAAAUAAAUAUUGAUAAUAAAUGAUAAUUGCCUAGCAA